AACUGGAGCCAAACUCGAGAUUUGCAUGGAGUAACAUAGGUGCGGUCCGGAUGAAACCCACCAUGCAGAUCCACGAGUACGACGUGCAGCCACUCACCCGAAAGUACAAACGUAACUGGAACACGGAAUCCGCCCCUUUCACCGGCGUGCACUUGCAGUUGCGACUUUCGCGGAGGUUCGCGCCGCCUCUGCUAUCGACGUUUCUGCCAAGCGCGCUGCUCGUCUGCCUCUCCUGGUGCGUCUUGUGGAUGCGGCCUCGACACCUUCCGGAGAGGAUCUCCCUUACCCUCAUGCUGCUGCUCGCCCUCUACGCCCAGAUGUCCGCUGUGAGACAGUCUCUGCCGCCCAGCAACUACCUAACCGGAGGAGACGUAUGGAUGUUUGGCUGCUUCAGUUUCGUAUUCGGGUCUCUCGUCGAGUCUACCUUGGUUCAUCACAUAACCGAAAGAGCAGCAAGGCGACGUAGCUUCUAAGAAGGACUCUCGGCAUUUUACAUCGCCGAAGAAAAGAUCAACAGAAAAGAAGCAAAAAAUCAUGAGUUGGCACAAAAUAAAGGUGACAUUCCU